UAUAUUACAAUGAAUGAAAUGAAAAUAAAAAUUAUAAUGAAAUCUAAUUAAUACAUUAAAAUUAGGAAGAAAAAAGAGAAAUAAUUAAAACAUAAAAAAAAUAAAAUAAAUGAGGUGAUUAAUGUAUCAAUAUUUUAGUAUAAAAGUCAUAUUUGCCAAGAAUUAGAAUGAAGUUUCCAAUUUAUAAAAUUACAAAGGGGUUGGAAGGGAAACGAAUUUUCCCAACAUUUUCAUUAUCUUCCUUGUCCUCUCUGCUACUCCCACACUUAAACUCUCUCUCUCUCUCUCUCUCUCUCUCGCGCCAAGAACUCAAUCUAUUUCUCCACAACCACGAGUCCAAGGCCUCUCGACUAGGCCUCUCCCCGUCCUUCCUCAUUUUUUAAGUGUACUAAUUCAGAUCAUAAACCCAGGAAGGAUAUGGCAAAGAUAUUUAGCUUUACUGCUGAGGGAAUGCUUGCAAAGGCAGCUUCACUUGCUGCUGAACCGCUCGUCCGUUCUUGGGGACUUGAAGAAAAACUGACAGGGCUGCAUGAAACAUUAUCCCUGAUUCAAGAUAUCACACGUGAUGCUGCUGAUGAUGCUGAUGCGGUGUGGGUGGAGAAACUUAAAGACGUGGCUAAUGAUGCUGAUGAUGUCUUGGAGGACAUCAACUACGAAGUUCUCCGCCAUAAGCUACAAAUACAAAACCUUUUGAAGAGAAAGGUACUCAACUUCAUUUCACUCUCUAAUCCCGUUGUAUUUCGUCUUAAAAUAGCACAUCAAAUCAAGAAAAUCAACGCAUCCUUGGUGGAUCUCAAGAAUCGUGCGCCUAUUAUGGAACUAGUUUCUGCAACUUCUCAAGCAAUGAGAUCGAUCAGAGAAACCAAUUCAUCAAUUGGGGAUGAAAUCAUCGUUGGCAGGGAUGAGGCCGUGUCAAAUAUACUUGCAACCUUGACCGGUUCCGAAGUCAGUCAAGAAAAUCUUUCGGUUAUGGCCAUUGUGGGAAUGCCCGGUUUGGGAAAAACUACUUUGGCCAAGUCAGUUUUUAAUACAGAUGAGAAAAGUACACACUUUGAAGAGAAAAUAUGGAUAUAUGUAUCCUAUACAUUUGACGUUGAUUCAAUUCUGAAUCGAAUCUUGGAAUAUGUUAAAUGUGGAACGGUUGAAACACAAAGUCAGGAGGCAGUGCUUAAAAGCCUCCGAGAACAGUUGACAGAGAAAAGAUGUCUUCUUGUACUCGAUGACGUUUGGAAUGAAGACUCUGUAAAAUGGAGCAAACUGAUGAGUUGUUUGUCAAAACUCCAUUUUGCACGGGGGAGUGCCAUACUUGUCACCACAUGUAGUUCCAAAGUUGCAACAAUUACAGGAACACUUCCUCGCUAUGAUUUGAGAUUUCUAUCGGAAGAUGAAUGCUGGUCCAUAUUGAAGGGAAGAGCAUUUGUAGAUAAUACUGCUCCUACAGAUCCUGAUCUAGAAAAAGUUGGAAGAGAGAUUGCCAAAAAAUGUGCAGGUUUACCAUCUGUGGCAAAGGUAAGUAGUAUUUAUUUUUUAUUAUUUUUAUUUAAAGUUUACUCUAUUUUGUUUGAAAUCUUAUCUGUUAUCAUUUUAACUUCAGCCCACAAACUAAACAAAGUCAUUUCCGUACUUCCCUUUGAUCUUAUGUACUCCUCUACUUUAUUCUGUCAUUUGAUUCUCUACCGGAACCAGAAAGAAAGGAAAAAUACAAAAAAAAAAAAAAAAAAAAAAGAAAUUAAUUAACAAUAUUCUUCAUUCAUGCCUUACAAAUAAGACAAUUCAAAAAUAUAUAGUACUCUCCUUAGUGGGCCUAAGUGACCUAUUAACCCUGUUACAUAUAUUGGCCACUAAAUAUUGUUAUAGGUCCUAACAAUCCUACCCCCUAAAUAAAGGCAUGUCCUCAUGAUGUAAUUGUAGUUUAUGCUAAGUU